AUGCCUUGUCAAUCAUACCACGAGUCAAAGGGCAUAUCAUUCGAUCAGCUAUGGGAAUUCCCACCCGUCACGGUAUUUAUCGGAAUAUUUAUUACCGGAGAAAAUUCCGAGAUACGUCAAAUCCUCCGCAGUCUAUAUCGAUCGCAACAAAAAACACUCAUAGGCGAUCGAGUAGAAUAUCGAUUUAUUAUGGGGAAACCAGCCUCACCCGACCUCCAAAUUCGUUUGGACAUCGAACAAGAAGCUUAUGGCGACUUGGUAAUAUUAAAUAUUACAGAAAACCUGAAUAAGGGGAAAGGGCUUGCAUAUUGGAAAUGGGUCGCAAAGACUUAUGCAGGCAUUCCUGAAAACAAGUCACUCUUAGUCGCGAAAGCAGACUCGGACAUUUUCAUUCAUUUACAGAAUCUCGCGUUGAAUUUGAGACCGCUAACGCCCAAGUACCUGUAUUAUGGACAUGAGCGAAAAAAACCAGGUGGUGGUUGGAGGACCGGAAUAUUGUUUAUUCUAUCGAUGGAUUACGUGGAAUGGAUUGGUAAAACUGAUAUCCCCCCAAAAUACAUCAGAGGCCCAGAAGAUGUUCGGGUAUGGGACUGGCUUAAUUGGGGGAACUUGCCAAAG